AUGGCAGACCCAUUCACAAUCAUCCGAACCGUUUCGGCCAUCCUGACGUUCGUUGAGUUCGCCGGCAAAUGCGUCAUGACGGCGAAGAACCUCCACCAGUGUGGGAAAACCGAUGAUAAUGCCCGGGACGAAAAUGUUGUGACGAAGAUGCAGGACCUUAUCGACACGGUCGGAUUAGAACGGGCUGCAAGGCCAACUUCGAAGGCAGAGGACGGCCUCUCUGAGAUCAUCGACGAGUGCGAAGUCCUGGGCGAAGAAAUUCUGAAGCUGUUGCGCAAGGCGACCAAGAGGGAAGGGAGUGAAAAGUCACGUCGCGAGACGCUACGGGCAACGUUUUCAGUCGUCUGGAACAGACGGAAGGUUGAAGAUCUGCAAAACAAGCUGCAGCGGUCAGAGACCGGUCAAAAGCUGGAGCAGAUCCUCGCCAUGCAAUCAUCUCACUCGAAUCAAGUAGAUUCUUUGCAUCAUUAUAUCAAAAACCUCUUGUCGCCAACCAAUCAAGAGGGCGUUCUUGAUAACCUGUCUUCCCUCGUCGGUCUUUUUGGGUCUAACGAUUCGAUAUUAGAGCAGACCAACCGACAACGGAUUCUUGACGCCCUACGAGUUCCGGAAAUGAGGCAGCGAUACGAUCAGCUGUCUGACGCAGCUCAAGGCACGUUUAACUGGCUCAUUCAAAGCUCGAAAAUACCUGAUCAUCCCGAGCUCCUUGUACCUCUCUCAACUUGGCUUUCAGAUGGCAAAGGGAUCUUUCACAUUUCUGGAAAGCCGGGGUCCGGCAAAUCUACUCUGAUGAAACUCGUUGCCGAAUCUAGAGACGCAGCAUCUUUGCUUGAUUCUUGGGCUGGAGAAGAAAAGUUCGUCAAGGCCAGCGUCUUUAUUUGGAAGUACGGAGAUGCCAUUCAGCGGACUGUCAAUGGAGUAUUUCCAAAAUACUGGGAGCCACGUCAGCACUCUCCAUGGCUGCCAAUGCCGGAUUUUCAUAUAGCACCUAAAGAUGUGCUUGAAGCGUUUGAACACUGCAUCGAUCCCAAGGGCCCAGCGCAACAUACACACAUCUGUCUCAUGUUGGAUGGUCUAGAUGAACUGAAUGAUCCGCACGAGUUACAUACGAGUUUUGUGCAACGACUGAUGAGAUGGAGAAAUGACAAUCCGGACAAGUUGAAAAUUUGUGUAUCCAGUCAGGAGGAGAACGCUUUUAUGAACAAAUUCCCGCCACAACAAAGAUUGAGACUACACAGUAUAACCCAAGGAGACAUACAACAGAUGGUCACUACAAGGCUGAACUUGCAUCCCCGUUUUCAGACCUUUUCGGAAAGAGACCGCCGCCUCUUUUGUUCUCGGAUUGUCGAGAAAUCAUCCGGAGUCUUUCUGUGGGUUAAAUUGGUUCUGGAUGAGAUCUAUGAGGACCUAUAUCAGCAGAGGUCUUUUGAGACGCCGCAGGCGACACUCAGUCAGGUUCCAGAAGAGUUGGAAGAUUACUUCUCCAGAAUCUUCAGCUCGAUACGCAAGACGGAUCGAAAAGAAGCCUCUUGCUUGUUUCUUCUUGCGUCAGAGUUCGAAUCUAUGCCUGCUCUGGUCUUUUCAUUCCUUGAAGAUAUCUUGACGCUUAGAAUGGACGACCAUCAAACCGACGAUCAUCCGAUGUUGUGGGAAGACUUGGAGCUCCGGCAUGCAAGCUUUGCAGCCCGUUUGCGAGGCCACAGCAGAGGCUUACUGGAGAUUGUUGGAGCAAAGCGUCCAGGCCAACAAAAAGAGAAUCGAUCUUUAUCUUCUUUAUCUUCUUUGGCCUGUGAAUCCAGCGCGAUGCCAAUGCAUCAGUCCAUCAAGGAUUGGCUUUUAUAUUCACCGCCGGAAACAUUCAAGGCGUUUUAA